AUGGGCCAGACUUCGAGCCUGGUGUCCGAGGACACAAGGCCAGACACCCUCUCGGAUCGCAGCAUAGCUGCUGUCGCCGACCUGAUUAAGGGCGGGCGGGCAAAACGGAUCGUCGUCAUGACGGGUGCUGGCAUCUCUACAGCUGCGGGCAUACCCGACUUCCGCUCUCCCAGAACUGGGCUUUACCACAAUCUCGCGCGGCUUAAUUUGCCCCAUCCAGAGGCCGUCUUCGAGAUUGACUUCUUUCGCGAUAACCCGCGGCCAUUCUAUGUCCUGGCAAAGGAAUUAUAUCCGGGAAACUUCCACCCUACCAUAUCGCACGCCUUCGUAGCGCUUCUUGCCCGUAAGAAGCUUCUACGUAUGCUCUUCACGCAAAACAUUGACUGUCUCGAACGCACCGCUGGCGUUCCAGCAGAGUUAAUCGUCGAGGCUCAUGGCAGCUUUGCCACCCAGCGUUGUAUAGACUGCAAACAGCCCUUCCCCGACGCUGAAAUGCGCAAAUGCGUUGAGUCGGCCUCACCAGCAGUCUGUACUAAUAAGAGCUGUGGGGGGCUCGUAAAGCCAGACAUUGUAUUUUUCGGCGAGCAGCUGCCUAGUACAUUUUUCGAUAAUGCUACAGUGCCGCAGGAGGCAGACCUUGUCAUAGUUGUUGGCACAAGCCUGCUAGUUCACCCGUUCGCAAGCUUGCCACGCAUGGCCAGAGAAGGCGUGCCUAGAUUAUUAUUCAACAUGGAGCGAGUGGGCGAUUUUGGUACGCGGGCCGAUGACGUAGCUUGCCUGGGACCAUGUGAUGAUGGUAUUCGCAAACUAGCUGAUGAACUCGGGUGGAGAGACGAGCUAGAGAACAUGUGGGUAGAUCUUGUCGGUGAACCAGAAGCAGCGCGACAACGAUCAAAGGAAAGGCAGGAACAAGUGGACGACGAGCUUGACGAACUAGUGCAGGGAUUGCAACAGAAAUUAGAACUGUCUGAGGACCACGACGGCCACGAAUCUAAUACUAUUGCUAAUGCCAGGCUACAGGAGAAGAAAGAGCGCGAGACGUCAACGACGGUUCCAGAUCCUCCUCCUACACAGUCAACAGAUGGUGCGCCUGUGGCGGUGGAAGAAGUAUUACCAGCACGACAAGAUAAAGGAGACAUUGAAGCGGGCGAGGGAGAUGAAAGUCCUGCUCAUGCGACGCCAGAUGUUUCUAAGACAGAUUCGGGGGCGAAGGAGCAAAUAUCCGACACAGCGAACACAACCACCUUUACACCUGUCCAAAAUGCCGGGGGCGAGUACCGGGUGGAAAGCGAUAACCAAGCUCCCAGGUCGAGUUCCUAAUUGAAUAAAUAUCAUGCCAACACUUAGCCUCAUUGGCUACCAUGAAUUAGACCGACCUAGGGGCAUCCAACACAAAGGCUUUCUGAGACCUAGGUAACAUUGCCCAAGACAACUAAUAAGCGACCCAAGACCAGAGUUUUCUCCAUCUCCUUCUCACCACAUACCCCUCAUAUCAUUG